UUGUCCGUGUCUCCUUUACUGUAUUUCUCAUGAAACCUGAGGAAGCCCAGCAGUGUAAACAUGCCCAGAGGUGCUAAACAUGCUCUUGGUCUCAUUUGCCAUCCUGCUCUCGGAGUGCUGUGGAUCAUUCCCAUUCUGUGUUAUCAGUUUGUGCGGGAAGGGGGGCUGUUUGUAAGAGUAAUAGCCACGUAUACACAGGGCUUGGAUGUGCGUCCUUGGAAUGAGGCAGCUGGAUCCUAUCCCUGGCUCAGACUGGCAUUUUCUGUUGUGUGGAGGAAUUGGCACCAUGAAAUGUCAGGUCUCAAAAUGGAAAUGGCCCAGCAUUGUUUAGGACUGAUUCCAGGAAAUGGCCCUUGGAUAGAAGCACUCUCUCUUGCUGCCCCUUCUCCACAACCGCCUGAGGAGGAGUAUCUAAAAUAGGUCAUUGUUAUGCACGGAGAGAACCCUGUUCCCUAAGCUCCCUUGGUUUCCAAGUAAACGAGCUUUGGAGGUAAGUUAGCUAAAGAGGCUGAUUCAUUAGCAGCAAGGGAAAUCUGAGCUUUGGAGAGGUGCCCAGCUGCCCAAAGGGAUUUACGUAGUGACAUGCUCCUCAAAUCCUAACAGAACAAGCUGAGUGAUACACACACAGGCUUGAACUGUAUCGCAAUCACAUGUUUGCUGGGCUCAUUUCUUAUCUCAUGGGUUUCUCUGGAGAGUAUCAGUUACUUCAGUCCCUCAUAGGGUUUUAAAUUUGUAAGGGAAGGAGGCACAGUGAGGUAUCUUUUAAUGUGAGAAAAUUCUGUAUCUGUCUUCUUUUCCAAAUUAGGUCACCUUGUAGGGCAGUUCUGGAUGGAGUUUGUCCCUGCUGUUAGAGUGGCUGUAAAUAAUAUAGGUGUUACAACAUGCUUGACAGAUUUCGUUGCACCAUCACUAGUCUAUCUGAAUAUCAUAUCUCAAAUUAAUAACGAAUUAAUUUUAUCUGCUGAAAGACCCCAACUGUCACCCUUCUGUCCAGAAUGAGAUCACUUUGGGCAGUUAUUCAGGAAAGGGGCCAACACAUUCUUCUGGCUUCAUUACCAAGGACAGGCUUGUGCACAAAGAUGAGUGGUCCCCUUUGUCAAAUCAUCUAGAGUGCAGGGCGGAGAAUUCCAGCCUUUUGGAGCAUCUUCUGCCUCUUUGUUGUUGUGUCAAACGGGAAUACUAAUUAGUGCCAGUGAUGAGAUGGGCACUUGUCUACAAGAUCAGAAACAGAAACCUGCAAACUGCUCUUGCACAGGACGCUGAGCAGCUGUCAGAUUACAAAGAUCUCUGGCCCCUCCUGACCUGGGCCAGAUUUGAACCAUUGACCUAGAAGUUAAAAGCUUGAAAUCCCUGCACAAGCUACGGGAUAAAUAGGACUUGCAGAGCUGCCUGCCCUCAUUCCCUAUUCAGUUGCUGCCAUCUAAUGGCAAAUGAGGAGUGGAAAGGCCUCAUGCAGUAUAAUUAUCUUGUCCUUGGGGGUCUAGUAUGUGGGACACGUGUGCAAAUAAUUUUCAUCAAGCCCCUAAGAGUUCUGGGGAAACAUGGAGAUUUAGGCUGCCCUGCUUCCUCUACAGAGUAGUUUGACAAAGGCAUGUUGUGCUGCAAGUCAAGUAAGAUGUGUCCUACUACAAAAAAAAACCCAGAUCUUGGUUGUUUUGCUUUCACUUUCCUGUGCUGGGUUAUUUCUAUAUAGAAAACCUGAGUGAAAGUCUGUGAUUCUAAUCUGACUUAACAACUGUCCCAAGGAAAAUGGUAACUGAGUGGUGAGUGCCUGUGGCAAGGAGAGGUGACAAGAGAAAGCAGAUAGGGAGUGGCACUUUUAAUUUCUCUGAGUACCAUGGAUACACACAAAACAUCUGCACUUCAAGGAACCUUGAUACAGAAAGAGAAGGACGUGGAAACUAGAAAAAAUUAACUAUCUGGAAAUUGGUCUGAAGGCUAGUAGACAAUAAAGCUCAUUUUCCUUCAAAUAAUACAUAUAGGAAAAUGCAAAGGAGAGAUGUCUCCUUCUCCCCCUUGCCCAACUCCAGGAAGUUCCUUCUGUGUUUUCUGUUCCCAGAAACCCAGAUUUAUAAGGCAUACAACAUGUAAGGUACACAUCAUCUAUCCAUUUUGCACUGCCUGUUUCUGUCUACACACAGAAACAAGAUUCCCAAAUAAUACUUUAAAGUCACACUAGUUAGCACUGUCUCAUGGAGGAGAAAGGGUAGUGAUUACAUGUUUCUUUAUGCAUCCAUGCACUGCAGCCAUUGGGUGUCCAGGGACACAUCCCAUGAUGGGACUGCAGCCUAAUGAGCCAUGGAGCAGUUCCCAGCAGCCUUAAUACAGUCCCAGUGGUGGCAUGGGAGCUUGCAUAGCCCAGCAGUCAAACCAAGUCUGUUACCAGAGCUAACUGAAGUCAUAAAUCAAUUCAGAAAUAUUUCCAGUAGUCCCUAGUUGCCAAAGAAAUGGCAUUUUGCAACAGGAAAUUAGGAAGAAAAAAAAAGUGCAUCUCCAGAUGGAAUACUGGAAAAUGUUGUAAAAUCCCCCUCUGUUUGGCUGAAAAAAAUAGCUGCUGGAAAGAAAGUCCAGGAGUGAAGCAGCAUGGAUGAGAGGAAGGGAAUACUGAACACGUAUUUCUACUGGAGGAAGCAGUCUCUGAAAGCACAAUGGAGAGAAACAGAAAUGACUGUAAUGAGUGCUCAAAUGCCCUUGUAACUGCUGGCACCACCUGCACAUCUGUGAGAGAGCAGAGCAAAGCAGCACACGUGAAUUCUAGCUCGGUGGGGAGAGACAACAUUUUAGCAUGAAGCUGUUUGGUGCUGUGUCAACAAGCAGCUCCCAGACUGCAGUGAGCAGCUGAGCUAUCCUAUCUAAAGAGUCACAGGAGCUCUGUUUGCAGUCAAGGUCCAGCCACCAUUCUCUUACGUCAAAGACAGGAUCUAUCUAAACACUGCUGCUGCACUUCUGAGAAAGUGUAGUCGUGUGCCCCUGCUGAAAGUCAGCUUUCUCAAAUACCUACCCACUGGUGGUACAUCAGGGGUUUCAGACUGGUACAUGAGGACAUGGUGCAUGAGCCAGACAAUUAUGCCUCCUUAUGCACACAGAAUGAGGUCUGGCAGGGUGCUGGAGGUGCCUGUUGUGGCUGAUGGUUGGGCCCAGGUAGGAGAACCCUUGCAGAACGAUGACAUUCCAGAGCUGGAACCAUUGCCAAAAUGCCCUUGUCAAUCAAGUUCUCUAGGAGACUUUCCACUUGCUCUGGAGAUACUUUUCUUUGAGGCUUAGGGGUAAAGUGACAGCAGAAUACAUUUUACAGGUCUAAAAUUGUCUUGGCAAGGUUGCUGUUUGUUAGUCUGUGUCCCUUCCCAUCUUAUUUCUCACAGGAAGACACCAUCUUCUGACCAUUCUCAGGGAAGCAUCAGUUGCAAAGUGAAGACAUAAAAUUACACCAAGUGAGCUGAAAUUCAAGCCUUGUCCUUACAGCAGUGACGUUCAACAGUUAACAUGAACCCUCAACAGCAGCUGCAGGGUUUCGUUACUGUCACUUAGAAAAGCCUUCAGCUCCCUUUGGUGUGCCCUGCUCUGAGCCAGAGCUCACAGGCCCAGAGACACCAUCUUAUCUGUAGGAGCCCUUUAGCAUAGCAUGACACCUGAGAGACUUCAGCAGGAUAUAAGAUUGCUUUGGUGCUGAGGUAUGAUUUAAUAUCUUCAAUUGUUCUGGAAAUGUGAGCUGCAUAAUUCAGGAGACUCGCAUGGGUAGAGUUACUUCAGUUGCUUUAUGUGCUUCAAUAUGAUGGAUGCUGUAAUCACGUUUCUAAGGUGCUGGUUCAAUAUGGGAGGGGGUAAAAAACUAAGUCGAUGGGUGUUUGUUUUGCUAUGAUUGCUCAGCAAGUGUACAACAAGAGUUCUGGCAAAUGGCAAAAUAAGAAAAAAAAUCCCGAAGAGGAAACAUCUGUUCUCAGCUCUUUAAUUGCAGCCUCCUGUUUGCUCCUCCUGUGCUGAAAGUUGUCACCCGUUCCGAUAACAUCCGCCCCGGAGUUUUGGGGGCGGAGUGGUGUGGUAGGAGGCUUGCGGAUGUCCAGGUGAGCGGCAGGAGGUGUUCCAGCACCCUGCGGAUCCCGGGCGCGUCCUUCCAGGGGGGCUGUUUCCCAAGCAGGAGCUGUUCUUGCUGGGCACCCUCCAGCCCUCCCUCUCCCCCGCCCCGGGCCGUCUCCUCUGGCUGCUGGGGAACAGGAAGGGUUUAUAACAAUCAUCAAUAAGAACGCUAAAGACAGCGCAGCGGGGGAUGCAGCAGCUGCCGGCCUGUGCAGGGCGCCCUGGGCGUGCGCCCCGGUCCCUGCUCUCAGCGCCGCCUCCGCCGCCGUGGGGCCGGGGGCUGGGCUCGAACCCGCGGCCUUGGCGCUGGGCGGGCUCCCAGCUGCGCCGCCGCGCCCCAGAUGUGGCGGCCGCCGCUCGCGUUUGCAUCGGCCCGGCUGCCCGCGCGGCCCGGCGGGCAGAGCCCCGGGCAGGGCACGGAGCCGAAAAACUUUGUGAUUCAAGAAAGCCACCAUGAAAGGUGAGGAAGUCCGGCAGAGGAAAAAAGAGGGCAGGACAAAGAAUGGAGAUCGAUCCAGGCACAAAGGAAAGAGCAAGGGUAAACACAGAGAGAGACGACUUGGCAGCCAGGAGGCAGAGGAUGUCUCUCUGCCUGGACCACAAAAGCUGUUGGCUGAGGAGAAAGUGGACAUGGCAAAGUCACCAGAAGAGUCAGCCACUGCAAUUUGCCUACAGGUGCUCCUGCCAUACCUUCUAGCUGGGCUCGGCAUGGUCUUGGCAGGCAUGGUUUUGGAUUAUGUUCAGCACUGGGAUGUGUUUCGGACAAUUACAGAAGUUUUCAUCCUGGUUCCUGCCUUGGUUGGCCUCAAGGGUAAUCUUGAGAUGACGCUGGCAUCCAGGCUCUCUACAGCUGCUAACACUGGACAGAUGGAUGAUGCCCAAAAGCAAUGGAAAAUGGCCACCUGCAAUUUAGCCCUUAUCCAGGUCCAGGCCACCGUGGUGGGACUUCUGGCUGCAGUUGCUGCUGUGAUCCUGGGAGCCAUCUCCAAGGGCUCUGUGGAGCUGAGCCAGGCUGCUGUGCUGUGUGCCAGCAGUGUGACCACAGCCUUCAUAGCGGCGCUUUCUCUCGGUCUGGUGAUGAUUGGUGUGAUCAUCGGAGCAAGGAAAGUUGGGAUCAAUCCAGACAAUGUUGCCACACCCAUAGCAGCAAGCCUUGGAGACUUGAUAACCCUUUCCCUGCUGGCAGGAAUCAGCAGCACACUCUUCAAAUACAUAGAUAUGAAAUACCUUUCUCCUCUGAUCUGUGCUGUCUUCAUUCUCAUGAUCCCACUCUGGGUUGCUAUUGCCAAGCAAAGUCCUUCCCUUGCUGAAGUCCUGAAAUCUGGAUGGCAGCCGGUCAUUGUCGCAAUGAGCAUCAGCAGCAUUGGUGGGCUUAUCUUGGACAAAACUGUAACUGACCCAAACUUUGAAGGCAUGGCAGUUUUCACACCGGUGAUUAAUGGUGUUGGAGGGAACCUGGUCGCCAUCCAGGCCAGCCGUAUUUCCACAUUCCUGCACUUCUGGAGCAUGCCUGGAGUUUUACCAUACAAGAUGAGGCAGAAUUGGCCCAACCCGUGCACCACAUUCUUCUCAUCAGAAGUGAAUUCCAAGUCAGCCCGAGUCCUGUUCCUCCUGGUUGUCCCAGGACACCUUGUGUUCCUCUACACCAUCCAUCUGCUGCAAGGAGGCCACACGUCUCUGUCCUUCACCUUUGUGAUGUUCUAUCUGACUGCCGCUCUACUGCAGGUGGGAAUCCUGCUCUACUUGGCUGACUUACUUGUGCGCCUGAUGUGGAGGAAAGCACUGGACCCAGAUAAUUUCUCCAUCCCCUACCUCACUGCCCUGGGGGAUCUCCUGGGCACCGGUUUCCUGGCCAUCUGUUUCCACCUGGUUUGGCUUGUCCACGGUGCAGACAUGAACCUGGGGAACUGAAGAGACCAUGCACUGCUCUGCAUCACUUGUGUGUCAUGGUGCUUUCCUCUGGGAAAACAAAGUACUUGGUGAUGAGCACUGGGUCACCCAGCUGGAUUGGGCCUCCCCUGCUGUCCCCAAUGCCCCACCUCUCCUCCCCAUCGUGCCUUACAGCUGGGCUCGCCCGCCCCGAGGAAUCAGCACCCACAGACUUGCACCCUCACAAGUGAGUAAGCUAGUUUUAAGCUGCUCGUGCCUGCUCCUGGCAAACAAGGCAUUAAGGAGCAUUUGGACCAUUUGUAAUAAAUGAACAUUUUGAUCAGUUUCAGUCCCUAGCACUGACACAGCCUGUGGCACUGCUCCAAAGCCUGCUGAGGUCACUGCAUCUGAUCUUGCAAGUGGAUCUUGCAACCUCUCCAUCCAGCUCUGACCUUCCAUCAAGGGAAAUUCUUUAUUCACCUCCCCUUUCUCUCCUGUUGCAUCUCUGGAGGAGAACAGCAACCAGGUCUUUUAACUUGUCUUCUCUCCAUUGCUCAGAUGCUCAGGAUCUCACUGGUUUGUGCCCAGAGGGAGGUUAUCUAGGGAUACCACCUACCUGUUCUGGCAGUGUCACUGUUGUCUGCCUGACAAGCUGGAUUGAUUGCAUUUUGGGGGUAGGAAGGUUUGUUUUUAUGGUUUAUGAAACGUCCAGUAGUUAAAAUGUUUAUAGAAAUACACACAGAAAUAAAGUGGUUAAAAAAAAGGUAA